CGCCGCGCUGCACCCCGGGCCGGGCCAUGGCCGCCGUCAUCGAGCUCGAGGGGCUGGAGCUGCAGUGCUCCUGCUGCCUGCAGCUCUUCGCGGAGCCCGUGCGGCUCACGGGCUGCGGCCACAGCUUCUGCCGGGGCUGCAUCCUCCGGUACCGCGCGGGGCGGCCCCGCGCCGCCUGCCCGCUCUGCCGCUGCGCCUUCGAGCUGCAGCACCUGCGGCCCAACCGCGAGCUGGCCGCGCUGCUCAGCCUCAUCCCGCGGGAGCUGAAGGAAGAGCUGGAAACACGGGAGGAGCCGGAAGCCUGUGGAGCUGCUGCCUGCAACGACCUGAGCUCGGCGGGGCGGGGACGUGGGGAGAAGGAGGAAGAGAUAUGGGAGAGCUCCAAGCAACAAGAAAUAACUGCAGAGACCGUCCACCUGUUGAGGAAGGAUCUCAAUAAAACAAAGGAAUAUACAUCUCAGAUCAAAAGCCAGAUUAUUAAAGAUUUCUGUUGCAUGAAGGAAUAUGUUGAAAGACAGGAGAGAAACACACUGAUGUUCAUUGAACAAGAGCAAAAAGCUGCUCAACAGAAAAUUGAAGAGACUAUUCACCAGCUCACGGACAUCAAAGUCCAAACUAGAGACUUAUGUGAGAGGCAGAGGUACGGAGGCUCACCUUUGACAAUAAAUAAAAUUACACUUGAUGAAAAGCUUAAUGUUGUCAAAAGUGCUGUAGAAGAUCUUAAGAGAAAGUUGGAAAUUUUACUCUUGGAGAAUUAUGCUCAGCAACUCCCACCAGUGCAUCCUCCAGACUUACACCAGGAGCCAAGUGUCAGCUCAUCACCUCCACAGUCUGCAGCUGAAAGUCCUGAACCAACCAUUUCCAGCCGGUUUUCUCAGUGGGCAGAUGAUGUGACUUUUGACCCCACAAGAGUACACGAGCGCUUGGCACUCACAGCCCAGAACAGGAGAGUGAUGGUUUCCAGCCGCCUGACCAGUUAUCAACCAUCACCCAAAAGAUUCUGCAUCAGCCAAGUCAUGUGUUCACAGGGCUUCUCUACUGGGUGCCACUACUGGGAAGUAAUUACCAAGGACAGUGAUGGAUGGGCUGUUGGAGUUGCUCAUGAAAUGAUUGGUAAAAGGGACAAAUUGGGAAGAACUGAGCAUUCGUGGUGUGUAGAAUGGUUGGGUCCUAAAAAACAGCUGUCAGCAUGGCAUAAGGAUCAAGAAAUAAUAUUGCACAAGGACAAACCACUGAAGGUUGGAGUUUUCCUGGAGCUACAGAAGAAGACUGUGUCAUUUUACUCCGUUGCUGACAAAGAAAUGCUUUUGCACACCUUUGAAAUCAGUACCUCAAAUCCUCUCUACCCUGCUUUCUGGCUGUACACUCUAGAAAGAAAUGGAUCUUUAACUAUAAGUCAGCCAAACAGGAGAUAAAGGCUACUGAGAACAGGGACAAUUUUGCCAAUGACUGCAGAGUUUCUGUAAAAGCCUCAGUGUUUAGCGCAGGAGUGUACCAAGGAAUGAAUGCAUAGCUACCCAGGCUUUCCUGGGAAUCAGCGACUGAUCCUUCUGUCUGCUCUGCUUCUCUUCGUGCUGUGCUCUGGUCUAGCCAUACUUCAUUAAAGAAAUUUCAGCCUAUGCUUAAGGUAGUAACCACCCCUCUAGAAGUCAGGUGGGUUUCUCAAGCAGCUUUAAGUAGUCCCAGGAUAUUCCUAGGAAGGAAUGGACUAAGGAAGCUCUAAUGUUGGGGAUAAGCUCUUCUCACUGACCUAAUUUUUCCUAUAUUGAUAUAAAAAAAUACAGGAGAACAGAUUAUGCCGUUACUUUCUGUCAAGUGAGUUUUCUUUAGACAGAUCUGAUUGAUUAAGGAAUGCUCAGAGGGUAAGAAUGUUACUGAUCUUGGGUAUGAAAAUCUUUCCUUUUAGGGUAGGCACUAACUAUGAAAUAAAUAGGCUGUGGAUUUGAGGACCUGACACUUCGGGGAGGUGUCCCAGGAGAACAUCAUCUCCUCAGAACCACAUUUUAGUCUUGCUCUGGCCGAAGGGUUGUCAGUCCUGGUGGUGGUGUGACCAUGGGCAUGCUUGUGGAAGCAGAUGUUGGGGUGUGUUUAUACUGGCUAAUAAAUCAUGUGGUCACUUUAGUGCCCGUUUAAAGGGCCUGGAAACAGGACUGUCAUGGAAAGGACCAUUUGGUCUUGCCAGUGAGUCUGAGACAAAGCAAGAGGUUCUCAGUUGCCUGUGGGGGGUGAAGGAACCAGAGCUGAGGUCCCACAAAACCUACGGACAGCUUGAUUUCUGAGAGAUGCACUGCUUCAUGCAGGCACACUGAGAACACAUUCCGAAGAAGCAAAAGCUUUUUCAGGAAGACUGUGACAUUCCAGAAUUGACAAAAUAAAUAGUUUAUUGUGAAUAAA